AUUAAUUCUCCACGAGACUGACAUGCAUCACGGAGGGCGCACGAGCGGCCGCGAAUCCCUGCCAACAUGCACGCAGAUAACCAUCAAAUGACAGCAGCCGGGCGCUGCGGGGUUUAAGCUCGUCCGGAUCUCUCUGUCCGCUCGAGGCUCUUCAGCUCGGACGCGCACCGGAGCGACUCGCUCAGCAACUUGGGACUCUCGUGUUCGCAGCGCGCAGCCAGCCGGCGGCCGGGGACGCUCUUUGGAAAAUGAGGCUGGGAAGCAUCGUUGUGUUUGUGGCUCUUUGCUCUUUGACGGCUUAUUAUAUUUACGAGCCCAUCCCGGAGGAGAUAGAGGAGAGAUGGAAACUCAUGCUGACCAACUCUUUCUUCAGGAGUCUCAGCCACCUGGCAGACUUCAGCGAGCGCCUGGGCCUGAAGGACUACAUGGGGGUUAUGUACCUCAUCACGCUGCUGGAAAACAUAGUUCCCGUGUCUGAUGAGCACGUCAAGGUGACGAUAGAGAAGUUUGAUGGAGUGGAGGUGGUGUUGUACCAGCCUAAGCACUCGGGUAACAGCGUGAAUCUGAGGAGAGCCGUCAUAUACCUGCACGGUGGAGGAUGGUGUCUGGGGAGUUCCCGGAUGAGUCCUUAUGAUCUCCUGGCCAGGAAAAUUGUGACGGAGCUGGAUGCAGUGGUUCUCUCUGUGGAGUACCGUCUCGCCCCUGCCCACCACUUCCCCGUCCCGUAUGAGGACGUGUACCGUGUGGUCAAACACUUCCUCCAGAAGGGGGUGCUGGCCCAGUUCUCUGUGGACCCUGAACGCAUCGCCGUGUCUGGAGACAGUGCAGGGGGGAACCUGGCAGCUGCCGUCUCCCAGCAGCUACAGAAGGAGCCUGGACGGGAAGUCCACUUAAAGGCCCAAGCCCUCAUUUACCCGGUACUUCAGGCCCUGGACCUGAACACGCCCUCCUAUCAGCAGAAUCAACACAUGCCCAUCCUGCCGCGCACGCUCAUGGUGCGUUUCUGGAGUGAAUACUUCACGAGUGACAAGGCCCUCUUCAGAGCGAUGAUGGCCAACGCCCACAACAACCCAGAGUCCUCCGGCCUGCUGAAGUUUGUCAACUGGAGCGCCUUCCUGCCUGAGACGUACCACAGAAAGUACAACUACAGCGCUCCGGCCGUGGUGCAGGGAGGAGGAGGGGAGGCCGGAGCCGGAGACGGGCCGUCCCAGGCUUUCGCCGACCCGAGGGCGUCGCCCCUGCUGGUCCCGGACUCGGCCUUGCGCUCUCUGCCCAAGGCCUACGUGCUGACGUGUGAGUAUGAUGUGCUGCGAGACGACGGGCUCAUGUACGUGACGCGCCUCCGUGCGGCCGGCGUCGAGGUGUUCCACGAACACUACGACACGGGAUACCACGGAGUGUUGAUGUUCACCGUGUGGCCAACUGACUUUCUCAUUGGACGACGGGUGACGUACAACUACAUCAAAUGGCUCAAGGAGAAUUUGUAAAAGAAACUCUUUUCCCUGGUGACCAGUGUUUUAUUCCAGUUUUUCCAUCCAAGGCACCCAUGUUUGUUUGGGUGUGACUUCUUCCCACCUGGUGUUUAACAGUUUGUGAUGUGUUUCCUUCCCUGCAACUAUGCUAAUGUAUGUAAAUACUUAUUGAUGAAUGAAUUUUUUUGGUUUUUGUUUUUGCACACAUGCAUUUAGAUGAAAGUAUGAAACUGGACGUUACUUCUUCUCCUUUUUUUAAUGGCAUAAGCACGCGGCAGUGACAAUGUGUUUUAUAUCAACAAGCACACGACCAGAGCAACAAUCAGACUCCAAAUCUCACAACCCGGCCUGGCAUGGUGCUUCUUAUUUUUGUUUUGCACCAUAGAAACUGCUAUCUGAUCUUAUGUCCAUCUUCUCAGGACUAUUACUUAGUGAGACAUGCAAUGGAAAAAUUUGAACUAUCUCAUUAGGGGUUUUAAGGAUCCAGGAACAGUCUUGGCCAAGUGGGAAAGGAUUUUGACAUUGGUGUGUUUGGCCAAAGUUAACACUGAUCACUGAGCGCAGCUCACACUGAAACCCAAGACUGUUUUGAUGUGCUUAUUAAACUACAACUCGGGUAUUAUAACAUCGAAGAUUGGAAAAGGGGUGUGUUUCGUUUAGCAGAGUGAUUUUUUUUAAUCGAGGAGAGAGCAACUCCUUAAUUGUAUAAUUUUUUUUUACAAAAGUGGCUCAUAGAUGCUUUCAAGUACAGCAAGUAGUCAUCAUCUGAUUCUUUUUUUUUUUUUUUGCUAUGAAAAUCCACAUUCCAGGUAGAAUAUUACACCUUAUUUAAAUGCAAUUCUGUAACAAGCACAGUUCAUACCACUUAUAGACACACAGUAGUUUACCUUCACUGACAUUCAUCACUGUGCACACGUUUCAGGAAGGUUUUAUAUAUCGCUAGAUCUCUGUCACCAGCUUAAAGGCACAACAACUCCAAAGAUACAUCCUUCCAUCCAUCCAUCCAUUCAUCCGUCCAUCUUCUAAACAGCUUUAUGUCUAUGCAUGCUUUCAUUUGUCAAGAUGGGAAACGUCUCAGAGUAAUAGAAUCAGAU